AUGGAGAACCAAACAGCCUCGACCAAGGCCGGCUACGCUAAGCUUCUCGACUCUGCAAAGGAGGCGCUGAACAACGGUUUCGAUUAUAUCUGGAUCGAUACUUGCUGCAUAGAUAAAACGAGCAGCGCCGAACUCUCAGAGGCCAUCAACGCAAUGUUCCGCUGGUACAAGGAGGCUGUGGUGUGCUACGCCUUCCUGGCUGAUGUGCCGAGCGAUACGACCUUUGAUGCUGGCUCACCGUUUGCGAACAGCAAGUGGUUUACGCGAGGCUGGACGCUCCAGGAGCUACUAGCGCCUGACCACUUGGAGUUCUACUCGACAGAUUGGUCUCGGCACGGUAGCAAGUCGCAGCUAGGCGAGGUCAUCAGCAGUAUCACCGGCAUCGACGGGGAGUACCUGAAAGGCCGACCACUUUUUGAAGCAUCGAUCGCAGCGCUUGCGCUGGUCAUCACCAUUGUAGCCGCCGUACUGUCUUACCUCCAGCUUUCCCGACAAGCGCCCCCAAUCGAACCGAAGCCUCGGCGAGAGAGGAAGAGCAUUGUUGUCCGGAUACAAGAAAUACCGAUAGAAAAGUCCAAAGAAGGCCUGCAAAAUGACUUGAUGUCAUUGGCUUCGAAGGACCCCGAGCUGGAGACCACGGUGAAGGGCGUAGAACGGUUGACGUUCGCCCGAGUCAAUAAACAUGACGCGCGUGCGACGGCAAUUUUCCCGACAACUUUGCCACAGUCGGAGUUGCUGAGGAGGCUGAAAGAAGCCAGCUACGAGUCAAGCAUGUCAUACGAGUUUGAUUGCGAUUUCUACGGCAUUACGCCGCUCACGGAUGCUGAUGGUGACAAUGCUGUCGAUAUUAUUGCGGUACCAGGUCUUGCGAGCCACCCGAUUGGGACGUGGAGGUCUUCGAAACCGGGUAACAACAACGUCUGGCUGAGAGACUUUCUCCCUCGGGACAUUCCCGACGCUAGGAUCCUGCUCUACGGUUACGACACCAAGCUUUUGCGCAGUAAUUCACGACAGAACAUCGAAGAAUUGAGUGAAGGGUUGCUGGACCUAAUUUCGGCUGUCCGAAGAGACCAAGAAUCCAAACGCCGACCCAUUAUCUUCAUAGGACACAGCCUUGGGGGUCUCUUGGUGAAAGAGUGUCUCUUGCGAGCCAUGAAGCAAAAAGACUUCGAGCCGUAUCACGCCAUCUUCCAAGCCUGCUGUGGCUUACUUCUCUUCGGUGUCCCUAGCCACGGCCUCAACAACAGAGCGCUGCUCAGUAUCGUGGAAGACCAACCUAACGUGUCUCUGAUUCGAGAUCUCAUUCUUGACGACCAUCUAGAGCCGUCAGCUUUUCUCAAGCGGAUCUCAACAGACUUCUCAGAGAGAUGGGGUAGCCACUGCCCAGUCGUUUGUUUCUACGAGACUCGACUUACAUCCACGGUACAGAUGUCAUCCGAUGGGACUUUGAAAAAAGCCGGCCCCGGCGUUUCUAUGGUCACGAGUCACUCCGCAACAAGUGCUGUAGGGGAAGCCGGAGAGCCAGCUGUAUCAUUCGACGUCGAUCAUUCUGGGCUUGUUAAGUUUGAUUCCAGGAGUCACGAUCUCUAUGAUCGUGUUCUGAACAGACUCGUACGAGUAGUCGACUCCGCAAAAGAUCGCUUGAGUCAGCGACAUCUUGAUACUCUUUCACCCGACGAUCAGAGACAAUGGAACAACCUGAACGAUCCUCCAUAUUCUGCUUUUCGUAAUUCAGCCAAGCUCCCGAAGCCGGAAGAGGGGACACUGGAGUGGCUGGUACGCGAGGAAAACGACACCAUAGACCAUGACAAAGAUACCAAUGCGGACAACGUCCCCAAUAAUCAGCGUGAGAAGGUCUUGCAUUCAGACACUUUCCUUUCGUGGAGAGACGCACCAAAAUCAAGCUCGCUUCUGGUUACGGCACCCCCAGGUUCCGGCAAAUCGGUUUUGUCCAACUUUGUACUGCAACACCUCAAUGCAAAAUCGUCUCAGGAUACCAAAGUUAUAUAUUACUUCUGCAGUAUCAGAGGUGACGAGGUCGCACCUAGUGCAAGAUCUGUUCUGCGAUCUCUCAUCCUUCAGCUUUGUGAAGCACAGACGACAUUGUUCCGACUGCUACCUUCAGACUGGGCAGCGGACAAGGACAAAUUUCAAUCUGCUGUAUUUUCAAAACUACUGCAGGUCUUUGAGAAGCUGCUGUUCAGUGGCAAACACCGCCAGAUCUAUUGCGUCAUCGACGGACUUGACGUUUAUGAGGAUCCUAAUAUGAUCGAGCUUGUGGACAAGUUAAGGCAGAUGUGGGUAUCCGGUGCGGCAAGUAGGCUUCGCUGUGACCAAAAGGACAUCACAACCUUCAUCGAGAAACGAGUUUUGCGGCUUGCCUCAGCUUUCACGGAAGAGACCAAAGAGUCUAUCAAAUCCCAGCUGCUUUUAAGAUCUGAGCAAUCAUUCUUGUGGCUCGAUGUAGUAGUCCGAAGACUUGCGAAUCUGGAGCUUCCGACGCCGAUCGAGGUCGCGCAUGAAAUUGACCAAAGCUCUCAAGACUUAUAUGAGUUGUACGAGGAGUUGAUCAAUCAAGCUACAAGGAAAACUAGCAAAGCCGCUCGUAUGUUGGCCAUGGUUGCCUAUUCAAAGCAACCGCUUGGGUGCCAAGAACUCCAACACGCUAUGGCUGUUGAUGGGAUUGCUAUUCCUGAUCAGGCAACCUACAAGGAGCUUGUCAGGAACAUGCCUUUGCUCGACUCGAGAACUAUCACACAAGUGUUAGGCACACUAUUGGACGUGGUCGAGGGCAAGGUCUUCGUCCUUCAUCAAUCUCUCAAAGACUUUUUGCAGCAAAACGAAGAGGUCUUGUCUAUGCCCCUCAAAAUUAGCCCAAAGGUCUUCCCAGCAUAUACCCUCAUGAAGUAUCUGUGUCUUGAUCACGAGGACAGACUGCUAGACAAGGACUACCCACUCUUUCACUACGCCGACUUGAAUUGGCACGUCCACUUGGAUUCAGAGAACGACGUAUAUGAUCACGAGCCACUCCAAGAACUGUUGAAAUGCCUUCUUUCUCCUAGUCCAGGUACCAGCUAUUCGACGAAGAAGCGUGAUUUGUUCUCAAAAAUACCAAGUUUCUUGGACAUCCCCAGAAGAGCCGAUAGUAUUGCAACAAGGGCCGACAUCGGCUGGCUUGCGAAAAUCAUACUGGACGGCCAGUUGGAAGGCCUAACAGGGCGCUUCGAGGUCGAUGACAUCCUUACUUCUAUGUGGUCAUAUAGAACGUGUGUUGCGGAAGUCAUUCUAGCUCAUGGCGGAAGGAAACAGUUUCCGGUCUCCCAAAGGACAGCAGAAGUCAUGUGCCGUCACUUUGCAUAUGUCCCGCACGUGAUGAAACUUCUGGAUCAGCGUCGCGAUGAAAUCGAGAUCACUUGGCAGAUGAUUUCAAGUGCUGCUACUCGCAUGCAAGCAAAAGACGCCGGGGCGAUGAUCCUGCCACUGUUGGAGGGGCGAGAACCCAAGUUCGAAAUAACGCCAAAAGUCCUGAUUACAGUUGCUGCAUACACCCCUAGGAACACACUGGAGACAGUCUUCAAGCUAUCGAAUGGCAGAGUCAGGAUCACAUCUCAACUUAUCAGAGACCUCAUGGGCCUCGAUGACGGUUUCCCCGUAUACCGGGACCUUCAAGUGGAGAACGUGAAAUUCCUAUGGAACAGAUCAGAUGAGAAGAUCAAAGUCACGGAGGAUAUGCUUGCUGCCGCGACUCGUAUGAGCUCAAAUACAGAACUUCUGAAGUUUCUCUUCGACGAAGCAGACGAGGAUGUUCACGUCACCCACAAUCUGAUUAUGGGUGCAAUGAGGAACUAUCGAGCAAUCGCGAGCUUCGAGGGGCCUUUAGACCGCGCUACUGCAGGAGAAGUCCGUGACCGGCCGAAUCGCGUUUGA